CCAUUUAUUCAGUAAGCCCAUGGGCCCAAAUCCACAGUAUCCCCCAGUUGUGUUCCUCAUCUGUUCGCUCGAUGGAGGGAGCUAAGGUUCAAAUUUUUUUCGUUCGGGUUCGAGGGUUGCGCUUGGAGUUGAUUCAUCUUCUACUUCUGGGGUAGUGGUAGAAUUGAAGGGAAAAACAUGGCAGAAUUAAGCAUGGGUAUACUCGUGGAUAUCGUGGAUGAGGAAUGGAUGAGAGACACUCUGCCUGACGAUGAUCUUCCCUUGCCCCCUGUGUUGCUUGUUCGAAAUGAAGAUGUUGAAGAUUCGAAUCAGGAGACUAAACAAGCUGAUGGAGAUUCUUGGCAUGAUCUUGCUUUAAACGCCUAGUGAAGUAUUACUGAGAGGCGGGUGGUUGAUCCUUGAAACGAUGUUUGGGUGCUGGAUUUUUGUUAUCUUAGCGACAUGACUUUCUUGUGAUGAUGUUUCUUUAUGUGUAGUUAAGCACUAAAGCGACCUAUCUCUUCAUUUUCAACUUGUGCGCAAGUGUUAAUACAGAGUACUCGAGUGGCAGCCGAGAAUCAGGUCCACCUAAGAGUGGGAGGAGUAAGGGUACAGAAUCCGAA